CCUAGACAUGCAGACUGCCUCUACAAACAUUUGUGAAAGAUUGGGUCGCUUUCAGGAACUCAGUGACUCCAAGCGUGGUACUGUGAUAGGUUGCCACCUGUGCAAUAAGUCCAUCCCUGAAAUUUCCUUGCUACUAAAUAUUCCACGGUCAAAUGUUAGUGGUAUUAUAACAAAGUGGAAGCAACUGGGAACAACAGCAACUCAGCCACGAAGUAGUAGGCCACGUAAAAUGGCAGAGCGGGGUCAGCGCAUGCUGAAGCACACAGUGCACAGAAGUCGCCAUCUGUCUGCAGAGUCAAUAGCUGAAGACCUCCAAACUUUGUGUGGUCUUUAGAUUAGUACAACAACAGUGCGUAGAGAGCUCCAUGCAAUGGGUUUUCAUGACCAAGGAACUGCAUCCAAGCCUUACAUCACCAAGUGCAAAGUGUCAGAUGCAGUGGUGUAAAGCACACCGCCACUGGACUCUAGAGCAGUGGAGACAUGUUCUCUGGAGUGACGAAUCACACUUCUCUGUCUGGCAAUCUGGUGGAUGUGUUCUGAUAUGGUGAUUGCCAGGAAAACGGUACUUGCCUGACUGCAAUGUGCCAAGUGUAAAGUUUGGUGGAGGGGGGUUUAUGGUGUGGGGUUGUUUUUCAGGGGUUGGGCUUGGCAUCUUAGUUCCAGUGAAGGGAACACUUAA